AUGCGACAUCUUGGAAAUCAAAUUACAAACCAGAGGACAUCCUCCAAUUCACCGCCCAUCAAAGAAUUAGAACAGAAACAAUUACAAAACGAUUCUUCUAAUAUCAUCGACACUAGCCCUAAAUUAUUAGAAGAUGAUACAGGAGAAAAUAAUCAAUCUUCGAUCAUUACCCCUUGUAAAAUGAAUUCUGAUGAACUUAAUAAUGCUCCAAAUUCUGAUGUAUCUUUUGAAGAUAAUUCAUCAGAGCAAUCUAAUUUACCAUGUGAAAUAAAAACCCUUACCAAUGGAAACGAUCAGAACUUGGAAUUGGCAUCCGAUACAAAAACUGUUAAUAUUGAUAAUAAUGCAGAAUUAUAUUCUUCUGAUUCAUCUGACGAAGUAUCGGGACUUGAUAGGAAUCAAAUUACUGAACAGACUUUAAAGCGAGAUUUUACUAAAUCUACUGUCAUAGUAAAAUCUAAUGAGAUAGAUAAUGAGCUCUCUUUGGAGAAAACAACUGAGGAUUCUACGCAACGCUUGGCUUAUUGGUUUGAAAAAGCCAUCAAAUCCGGUAUAAAAGAAAUAUUAUAUUGGUAUACUUAUUCUCUUGAAACUGAAAAUAAAGUUGAAAAUAUGACGGCAGAUGGGAAAAUAAAAGAGAAGACAGCAAGAUCAACGAUAUAUAAAGAAAUGCUAAAAUAUCUACCUAAUGUUACUCCAGGUAAUUUGCGAAUUCGAACUAAUAGAGCUAAAAAAUUCCUUAACUUAUUUGGAGAAAAUGGUGUCGGAACAGAUAAAAUUAAGCUGGUAACUUGUAGCGCAAGCGAUAUUUCAAGAUUAACUAAUGUACAAAUACAAAAUAUCAUAAAUUAUGUUAAAGAUUAUGAGAAUUCAAAAACCGUUACCAAUGGUAUCGAUCGAAUUCAUGUGGCUGAAAUUUCAACCGAG